AUGUCAGACAUCGUGCCUUUUACGAUCAAUGUCCCGGAUGCGCUGCUAGAGGAGACGAGAGUCAAGCUCAAGUACGCUCGUCUUGACGAUGCCAUGGGAUCCGUUGAAUGGAACGACCUUGAGAUCGGCCACAAAGCGUUCAAGGAGCUCGUUCAGUUCUGGCGUGACGAGUAUGACUGGAAGAACUAUGAGUCCUUCUUGAACACCUUCCACCACUUCAAAACCACGAUACAGGUGCCCGGCUUUGAGGCCCUAGGCAUCCACUUUCUUCACCAUCGGUCAUCGAGGCCAGACGCCGCCCGGCUCUUUCCUGGAGGUCCUCAAAAUCCUCCCACUGCUGACUGA